AUGAAUAAGUGGCUAAACGUACUGUCUACACCGUUUGCUUUUCGGUUUUUAGAGUGUCAUCAUAGGCGAUCAUUACCACUUUGUCAAAACUAUCUUUUGAAGAAAUCGUUAAAUCACAACCAAGUCAGGUUCUUCAAAAUGAGUGAUCUUGAUAAUUUGCCUCCAGUUGACCCAAAAACUGGUGAAGUCAUCAUUAAUCCAUUGAAGGAAGAUGGCUCUCCAAAGACUCCCAAGGAAAUCGAAAAAGAGAAAAAAAAAGCUGAAAAAUUAUUAAAGUUUGCUGCCAAACAAGCUAAAAAGAAUGCUGCUGCUGCCACCGGUGCUUCUCAAAAGAAACCUAAGAAAAAGAAGGAAGUGGAGCCAAUCCCAAAUUUUGUCGACAAGACUGUUCCAGGGGAGAAAAAAAUCUUGGUAUCAUUGGAUGAUCCAGCUUUAAAAGCUUAUAAUCCUGCUAAUGUUGAAAGUUCUUGGUACGACUGGUGGAUCAAGACUGGUGUUUUUGAACCAGAAUUUACUGCUGAUGGUAAGGUUAAACCAGAAGGCGUAUUUUGUAUUCCAGCACCCCCACCAAAUGUCACCGGUGCUUUGCAUAUUGGUCAUGCUUUGACAAUUGCCAUCCAAGAUUCUUUGAUCAGGUACAACAGAAUGAAGGGCAAAACUGUUCUAUUUUUGCCAGGGUUUGAUCAUGCUGGUAUUGCCACUCAAUCAGUUGUUGAGAAGCAAAUUUGGGCUAAGGAAAAAAAGACUAGACAUGACUAUGGUAGAGAAGCUUUCGUUGGAAAAGUCUGGGAAUGGAAAGAGGAUUAUCAUAACAGAAUUAAGAACCAAAUUCAGAAGUUGGGAGCUUCUUAUGAUUGGAGUCGGGAAGCCUUCACUUUGAGUCCAGAAUUGACGAAAUCUGUCGAAGAAGCUUUUGUUAGAUUACAUGAUGAAGGUGUUAUUUAUCGUGCGUCUAGAUUAGUGAACUGGUCUGUUAAAUUGAACACCGCCAUCUCUAAUUUGGAAGUCGAAAAUAAAGACGUUAAAAGUAGAACACUUUUAUCAGUACCAGGUUAUGAUGAAAAGGUUGAAUUUGGUGUUUUAACAUCAUUUGCUUAUCCCGUCGUUGACUCUGAUGAGAAGUUAAUUAUUGCCACUACUAGACCUGAAACUAUAUUCGGUGAUACUGCAGUUGCAGUUCAUCCUGAUGAUGAUCGUUACAAACACUUGCAUGGUAAGUUUAUUCAACAUCCAUUCUUACCAAGAAAAAUUCCAAUCAUUACUGAUAAGGAAGCCGUGGACAUGGAAUUCGGUACGGGUGCCGUUAAGAUUACUCCAGCUCAUGACCAAAACGAUUACAAUACUGGUAAGCGCCACAAUUUGGAAUUCAUUAAUAUUUUAACUGACGAUGGUUUAUUAAAUGAGGAAUGUGGUCCAGAAUGGCAAGGCAUGAAAAGAUUUGACGCUAGAAAGAAGGUUAUUGAACAAUUAAAGGAAAAAAACUUAUAUGUUGGCCAAGAAGAUAACGAGAUGACUAUCCCUACAUGUUCUAGAUCAGGUGAUAUCAUUGAACCUUUAUUGAAGCCUCAAUGGUGGGUUUCUCAAGGUGAAAUGGCCAAGGAAGCUAUUAAGGUUGUCAAGGAUGGUCAAAUUACAAUAACUCCAAAAUCCUCUGAAGCCGAAUAUUUCCAUUGGUUAGGCAACAUCCAAGAUUGGUGUAUUUCCAGACAAUUAUGGUGGGGCCAUCGUUGUCCAGUUUACUUUAUUGACAUUGAAGGCGAGGAGCACGAUAGAAUUGAUGGUGAUUAUUGGGUUGCUGGUAGGAACUUGGAGGAAGCUGAAAAAAAGGCUGCUGCUAAAUUCCCUGAUGCCAAGUUUACUCUGGAACAAGAUGAAGAUGUCUUAGAUACCUGGUUUUCUUCUGGCUUAUGGCCAUUCUCCACCUUGGGUUGGCCAGAAAAGACAAAGGACAUGGAAACCUUUUACCCUUUCUCUAUGUUGGAAACUGGUUGGGAUAUUCUUUUCUUCUGGGUUACUAGAAUGAUUUUGUUGGGUUUGAAAUUGACUGGUUCUGUUCCAUUCAAGGAAGUUUUCUGUCAUUCUUUGGUUCGUGAUGCCCAAGGGCGUAAAAUGUCUAAAUCCUUAGGUAAUGUUAUUGACCCAUUGGACGUUAUUGCUGGUAUUAAGUUGAAUGACUUACAUGAUAAAUUAUUGCAUGGUAACCUAGAUCCGAGAGAAGUUGAGAAAGCUAAGAUAGGUCAAAAGGAAUCAUACCCUAACGGUAUUCCUCAAUGUGGUACUGAUGCUAUGAGGUUUGCACUAUGUGCUUAUACCACUGGUGGCCGUGAUAUUAACUUGGAUAUCUUACGUGUUGAAGGUUACAGAAAGUUCUGUAACAAAAUUUACCAAGCCACCAAGUUUGCAUUGAUGAGAUUAGGUGAUGAUUACCAACCACCUGCUAACGAAGGUUUAUCAGGUAACGAGUCUUUGGUUGAAAAAUGGAUUUUGCACAAAUUGACUGAAACUUCUAAAAUCGUGAACGAGGCCUUAGACAAACGUGACUUCUUGACUUCUACUAGCAGUAUUUAUGAAUUUUGGUAUUUGAUUUGUGAUGUUUAUAUUGAAAACUCCAAAUACUUGAUCCAAGAAGGGUCUGCGGUUGAACAGAAAUCAGCAAAGGAUACUUUGUAUAUUCUAUUAGACAAUGCUUUGAAAUUGAUUCAUCCAUUCAUGCCUUUCAUUUCUGAGGAAAUGUGGCAAAGACUUCCAAAGCGUUCUACCGAGAAGGCCGUCUCAAUUGUUAAAGCCACUUAUCCUGUUUACGUAUCUGAAUACGAUGAUGAUAAGGCAGCCAAUGCUUACGACCUGGUCUUGAACAUUACCAAAGAAGCUCGUUCCCUAUUAUCUGAGUACAAUAUCCUGAAGAAUGGUAAAGUUUUCGUCGAAUCUAACCGCGAUGAAUACUUCAAAACUGCCAAUGAUCAAAAAGAUUCCAUUGUCUCUUUAAUCAAGGCCAUUGAUGAAGUUACAGUUGUUCGUGAUGUUUCUGAAAUUCCAGAGGGCUGCGUGUUGCAAUCUGUUAACCCGGAGGUUAAUGUACAUCUCUUAGUUAAGGGUCACGUUGACAUCGAUGCUGAAAUUGCGAAAGUUCAAAAGAAGCUUGAAAGGGCUAGCAAAUCCAAGAAUGGUAUUGAACAAACCAUGAACAGUAAGGAUUAUGAAACCAAGGCUAACAAGCAAGCCAAGGAAGCCAAUAAAACCAAGUUGGAUAACACUGUUGCCGAAAUCGAAGGUUUGCAAGCUACUAUUGAAAACUUGAAGCGCUUAAAAUUGUAG